AUGGCAUUGUCAAUUAGUAGAAAAGAAGUUGAGGACAUCAAGCCGUAUUUAGAGAAAACCGUGUCUAAAUUUCUUGGAUUCAGAGAACCGUCUCUGGUGACCACAUUAAUGCAUUGCUUGUCGUCUGGUUACGACAAGUAUAAGACCGCAGAUAAACUUCGGUCUUCGUUGUUGGACCCGGGUAAAGCAUUAUCCUUAACUGACAAGGCAUUUGACUUAGCUAAAGGAAUGACUAUGAAGGUCAAUACUGUGCCUGCAACUACAAAGCGUAGUAUUAAAACUGAGUAUGACGAAAAUAAUAUCAAACGUAAAAAAGAAGAUGAUACAAUUGUGGUCAAAGAAGAAGCACUUUCCAUGGGACAGAUUAAAGACAUGAUGUUAAAUGCUCAAAAAAUGAUUGAAGAACGGAAAAAAGCACUAUCCAUACCGUCAUCUGGUGUUCAAAAAAAUACUAAUGGCAAAGAUAAAAAACCACAAAUAACAACUGAUUUUGAGAAACAAGCAAAAAUUGCUCAGCUGCAGGCUCAAAUACAAAAAAAGUUAGCCACCGGUCUUAUUAAGACAGUUCCAAGUGUUCCCAAAACUAUGAGUUCAUCUGCUGAAAAACCAACUCCUUUAAUUCUUGAUAGUGAAGGACGUACAAUUGAUAUUACUGGAAAAGAAGUUCAGUUAACACAAGUUAUACCCACCUUAAAAGCCAAUAUCAGAGCGAAAAAACGAGAAGAAUUUAAACAAACAUUCAGUGAAAAAUCUAAUGACGAUUCUUCUGAAUUAAAGUUUUUUGAUCCACGAUUAACAUUAAAAACGAAUAUCCGUACAAAGAGAUCCUUAAAAUUUCAUGAACCUGGUAAAUUUCAACAAAUUGCUGAUCGUCUACGAAUGAAGGCCCAGUUGGAAAAAUUGCAAAAUGAAAUUUCACAAAUUGCUCGUAAAACUGGCAUUUCAUCUGUAACAAAAAUGGCAUUGUUAGUGCCAAAAGAAGAACAAUUAACUGAACAUUGUCCUGAUUUUGAAUGGUGGGAUAGCGUUAUUUUAGAUGGAGCAUCUUAUUUAAAUGAGGCCGGUGAAGUUCAAUUUAAAAGGAGUAAUAUAUCACACUUAGUGGAACAUCCAUUACAAAUGAGACCACCAACUGAUCCAUUAAAACCAGUCUUUAUGCCAGUGUUCUUAACAAAAAAAGAAAGAAAGAAGCUACGUCGUCAAAACCGUCGUGAAACAUGGAAAGAAGAACAAGAAAAAAUUAGGCUUGGUUUAGAACCUCCAGCUGAACCUAAGCUUCGUAUUUCAAACUUGAUGAGAGUUUUGGGGACAGAAGCAGUUCAAGAUCCAACUAAAAUGGAAUCUCAUGUAAGGGCACAAAUGGCAAAACGUCAAAAAGCUCACGAAGAAGCUAAUGCAUCACGUCGGUUAAAUCCAGAACAAAGACGUGAUAAAAAAAUGAGAAAGUUGCAAGAAGAUACUACAUUAGGUGUUAACAUUGCUAUAUAUAGAAUAAAAGACUUAGGUAAUCCAUCAAAAAAGUAUAAAAUAGAAACCAAUAGCAAACAACUAUUUAUGACUGGUUGUGUGAUUUUGUGCAAAGAUUGUAAUGUUGUUAUUGUCGAAGGGGGACCAAAACAACAAAAAAAAUAUAAAAGAUUGAUGUUACAUAGAAUGAAAUGGGAAGAUGAUGUUAUUAAAACUAAAGAUGAAUCAGAACCAAAAUCAAACAAUAAAUGUUCAUUAGUAUGGGAGGGUAUGUCGAAGCAACGUAAUUUUGGAGAAAUGAAGUUUAAAGUAUGUGCUUCUGAAAAGUUAGCUCGUGAACAAUUAAAAAAACAUGGAGUGGAACAUUAUUGGGAUCUAGCUUAUAGUGAUUUGAUAAUGGAUUAA